AUGGCAAGGCCAGCCCCGCAUGCCGUCGGCGGUCAGCAGACACAUUCGCACGCCUCCUUUUGUUAUGAAAAAACAAAGGCGGAAGCGCGUGUAGAUUCUUUUGAGACUAAGCAUAUGCAGAGGACGUUGGCAGUGCCAUUGCAUACGGCCUAUUUCUUCCUCAUUUGUGUGGUGAAGGCGCAUUUUGCAAGAUAUGCCGCGGACGGCUGUAGCUGGGGGAACCAUUCAAAUGCUCCCCAUGGCGGGAGAGUCACUCCCUUCCUUCUAGGAGCCGAGGGAUCCCUCAACGUCCACUCUUGCGUGGCAGACUUUCUCGUCUCUUCUCUAAGAGAUCUCACUUACGUUGCACACGGGCAACUCGUUCCCGAAAAGGUUGUAUUUCCCGUGUGCGACUCCCUUUCGGGGCCCAACUGCCCGCAUCUCCAGUUUCCGCUUCUCUUCCCCGAGGGGCCCUCUGUCUCGACGACGGUUUCCAGGGGUUUUGGAGGUGGAGGAGGAGGCUCUUCCCAAGCUCCCGCCGCCUACGCCGCGCACUUGCAUCGGCCUCUAGUAGGGGAUGCUGGCGGCAGCAGGGGAGGGCCCCUUCGGAGCGGCGUCGAGGGGGCGGGAGAGGCGGAGAAGGGGGCCCCCCGGAGCCUCUUGGCCCCUGUCUUCUUGCCUGUGGAUAGCUCCAUGACGUUCCUGCCUCUUGGCGUGCGCAGCAGUAGCGCGCGCGUCUUGCACCACCGAAUGAACCGGCCUUACAUCAACAGGGGGCAGUACAUUGAGGACGGCGUCGGCGACGUUUCCGCCCAAUCUCUUUCUGACGCCAUUUCCAACGCCAUAGGUCACCUGGGGGCGCUGACGGGAGGCACGCGAGACAUCUGGGGAUCUCCCGGCUUCCCCUCCAGCAGCAGCUUGGUGUGUUUCUACACGGGGGAGUCGCGGAGUCGGAAGGACUGCCACGACCUGGCCGUCUUCUCCUCGCUGCCUCAGAAGUACACCGCAGAAGUUGCGGCGUAUCACAGCGGGUGGAACGGCAGCUCGCACUUGCUGCUCUUCAACAAGUCGAGGGCCCCCUUCGUCUCGCCUUACUUGGAAGAAAACUACGGGUAUGGGCUUCCGGACGUAGAGACUCGCUGGAGAGGAAGAUGGGAGGUCAAGGCGACAUCUGAGGGCGCGAACGGAGCGGAGGGGAGAAGUCUCCAUUCUCCGAGACACCCCUUCAAUGCAUUCUCGCUGCCCUUGACGGGGCCCGUGGCGGAGGGUUUUUCCGCCAGACCCUCGUCGUACAGACACCUGCUGAAUUACAGGGGGCCCCCUGAGGCGAUUACCACGUUCGCUGAGUUGGUUAGCGCGGAGGGUUCCCUCUCGCACGCCAAUCUGUUUGUCCCCUUCGGCAUUUGGGUGACUGCAACGCCAAGGCGACCCUUGCCAAGCUGCGGGGAAGAGGAUUUGGAGGCUUCGCGGAGGCCAGUGUUGCUGGUGCGUGGCAUUCAGGAGGAGGAAGUCAUGUUCUCGGCGGAAGUGCCGCUUUCCGACAUCCCUGAGGUGCACGGAGAGGGCCCUCCGGAGGUUCCCAAGGAGUAUCGCUUCGUGAAUGCCUUAGACUUCAUCAAGUCAGCGACUCCUUUGCGGCGCGUCGACGUCUUGCGCUUCAGCUACGGGAUGGCAGGGGUUUCUGGGAGUGGCGUCGAGCCGAUCGGCGUGCAGCGCCCCCUGCACUGCGCUCCCUACCAGGCUGCCUUGGGAGCCGUGCAUCUGCUCGUUGCGGAGAAGGCGCUGAGCAACCGCGUGUUUUACGCAGUGGAUGCGGCGACUGCCGAGGGGAAGGCGUUGCAGGAGAAGGCGCAUGCAGUUCUGAGCCACCGGAAGCAGCAGGAAGCCCGCAAGGAAGCCCUGGCGGAAGCGAGGGGCCCCCUGCUCAAGCAGCUGCUGGGGGGCCCCCUGCCCAAGCCGUGGAGAGCCCACAUGCCGAGCUCCUCGCCUGCGCCGACGACUCGCGCCGACGAAUUCUCGGGGAACGAGACGGAAGAUCAGCGGGAAAGCGGCGUCUUCAUGGGGGUAGUGCUGUGGGCGCAAGGCGAUGCAGAACGGGAGCUGCUCGAAUCGAGCGACGUGUCGAGCACCUCGCUGCCGCUCAACUGGCAAGAGAAUCAGCGGAUCAAGUUCGGGAGGUUCGACAGCAUGCCUUACCAGUUCGCAGACUUGCGAAGGCCCCUCAAGAAGGCGACUCUGUUCAUGCAGGAGAUUCCGGCAGAAGCGCCCGUAAUUGCUCUCAACCAGCUGCCGCAAGUGAAGCAAGUUUUCUACAGAAAGCCUGCGCUGGAAACGCAUGGUCACUUCAAAAAUCCGGAUCUCGAUUCCAGUGGCAUGGGAGAUCUCCGUUCUCUGAUGAAAACUAUUUUGAACAGUCUGAGUGCCAGUAAGAGCUCUUCCGCGAAGGAAGCUGCUUCUGCUCAGACGGAGGGCUUCUCCGUGGAAGUGCCUGCGAAGGCGAAGACGCCGACUGCUGGUAUUCUGGCAGCGCCUUCCGCAGGUGCAGCAGCCAACAAAAGAGUCGGGAGGAGUAGCAAAGACGAGACAAAGAGCUCAGAGGACCGCGCUUCUAGCUGGGGGAAAUCCAUAGUCGCCUUGACAGAGAUACUGGCAAAGACCUCUCCAGGGUUUCAAAACAUCAUCGAAAAAAUGAGUGAACACAUCGCUGCCGCCUCGGAGAAGGCAUACCUUGAAGGGGCCCCCAAACCGGGCACGUCAGCUUCGGCGGGUGAGGAUCUUCAGGAGACGGGAGGGGGGGGGGCCCCCCCGUCCCCCCAUGAAGACGAGCCUCGAUCGCCAACGCAAUCUUCGGAUAAGGCUCCCGAACGCCCCAAGAAGAAGCGCAAGGGAGAAGGCGCGUCGAAAAAUCAGCUUCCGCAGCCAGGUACGACGUGUGGGCAUUUCCAGAAGUGUCUCCUUGUGUGUCUCUUGUUGUCUGCGGAAAGUUUUUUGGAGGGUGGUAGCCGCGCAGCAUGGGGGUGGGGUUGUCAGGGGGAGGAGAAGGCUGGGGUUGGGUGGAGCACACACGGGGAGAAGGGACGGGCGUUUGCUGGCAUUCCGGAGGCCUUUUCUCGUAUGGCUCAGCAACUUGGCCUCCCGAUAGAUGCUCAUGCGGCAGAGAGUCUUCGAGAAGCCCUCUCGAAGCUAGGAGGCUUCCCCUCCGAGGAUGAGGGGGGGGGAGGAGGCAGGCAGCAAGCAUUUCUCCCUCAGCAAGAGGCGAGCCAGAGCAUUCCGACGAAGCCACCAAAGGCUCCUCAGGAAGGCCUUUCCUCCGAGAAAUCGGCCGUUCACAGUGCCUCUGAUCCCGACAAAGGAGGGCACGAUGUCGGUCCCCUCGCCAGCAAGAGCAGGGACGGGGAGACGUUGUUUGAGCGAGCGAUGCAGUUUAUGCAAGAGGCGGACUCUUCGGUUGUCUCAGCCCUCAUGAGGACUGCUGAAGAGCAUGCAAGAAGGCUUUGGGGGGGGGACGUGCACACCAUACCUCCACCGUCAGUCUUGGCAGACAUCCUUAAGUCACUGCCCGUAGAAAGCUCCGAGGGCCCCCAAGAAAAAGAUAAAGAUGAGCUCUAG